AUGGAAGACGCCCAUAUCUGUAGUAAAGAUGAUAUCUUAAAAAUCUUCUCUGUUGAUGAGAACAAAGGCCUCACUGAUAAACAGAGCUACCGGCUGAAGAAGGUAAGGAUAUUGGCGGCAUCAUUUUUUGUGAAUUUAGGAAAGCCUUUAUGGAAGCUUGUUUUGGAGCAGUUUAACGAUUUGCUCGUCAAAAUAUUGUUACUUGCCGCGACGAUAUCCUUUGAGAGAAACGCAGAGUCCGCCAUAGAGGCACUAAAGGAAUAUGAAUCUGAUGAUGCUAAAGUAAUUCGGGCUUGUCAUCAUGGAAUCCAGCGUAUCAAGUCUCGAGAGCUCGUGCCUGGGGAUAUUGUUGAGAUAGCAGGUCAGGAGGCUCAUUUUACAAUAACUAAGUGUUGA